AAGCAAGCAGGCAGGCAGGCGUUAGAAGCGAGUGUAGUGUGCAAGGCUGUGGCAGCAGCAUGGCUUCGUCUCACGGGAGAAGUGACCUGCGCUUCGCCGACUGGAUGUCAAGUCUGCCACAGAGCAUGCACACCAUCCCGCUCACCAACUUGGCCAUCCCCGGAUCCCAUGACUCCUUCAGCUUCUACAUCGAUGAAGCGUCUCCCGUUGGCCCCGAGCAGCCGGAGACGGUGCAGAACUUUGUGUCGGUUUUCGGUACAGUGGCCAAGAAGUUGAUGAGGAAAUGGUUGGCCACGCAAACAAUGAACUUCAUCAGCCAACUGGAGGCAGGCGUCCGCUUCUUCGACCUCCGCAUUUCCACUAAACCUCGAGACCCUGACAACGAGCUUUACUUUGCCCACGGACUGUUCAGUGCCACCGUCCGAGAAGGUCUUGAGCAGAUCAGCAGUUUCCUGUCAACACAUGCCAGAGAGGUGGUCUUCCUCGACUUCAACCACUUCUACGGCGUGCAGAACAUGCACCAUGAGAAACUGGUGGCCAUGUUGAAGGGCGUGUUUGGAGAGAAGCUGUGCCCGGUUGUCUUUGCCCAGGAGGUGUCUCUGCAGUAUCUUUGGGAGAAGGAGUACCAGGUGCUAGUCUUCUACCACCAUCCCAUGGCCUUGGAGGUGCCCUUCCUGUGGCCCGGCCAGAUGAUGCCUUCUCCCUGGGCCAACACCACCGACCCUGAGAAGCUGGUUCAGUUUCUCCAGGCGUCUGUGACUGACCGCAGGAGGAAGGGGACUUUCUUUGUGUCCCAGGUGGUUCUCACACCAAAGGCCAGCACCGUGAUGAAGGGUGUGGCGAGUGGACUCCGAGAGACAAUCACGGAAAGGGCCCUGCCAGGAAUGAUGCAGUGGAUCAGGUCGCAAAGACCCGGCGAGAGCGGCAUCAACAUCAUCACUGCAGACUUUGUGGAGCUGGGCGAGUUCAUCAGUGCCGUCAUCACGCUCAACUACCACCUGGACGAUGAAGACGACGACGACGCCACCUGAGAGCUGUCGGGGAGCGUUGGCGCCCCUCCGCCAGCUGCAGCUGCUGGGAGGGGAUGGCUUCAUGCUCCGCCUCUUUUUCUCCUUGGCAUUUGUUUGAGAGGAGACGCGCCGCUCCUUUCACUUUAUUUAGGGCUCUAGUGCAGUGAUCCGUCACACGGCGAAUGAUGGCGUUGAGAGCAACAACGAUGUGAUGAUGUGUGGGAUCCGAGGGCUAUGAGGAUGAUGAUGAUGUCUGCCUCCUACUUUGAGGUUCAACGUGCCCCUCCCCUUUUUUAAGUGAGUGGUACAUUUUCUUUACCUCCCAUGCUGUACAAAUGGCUGCUUUUCCCAUGCAAUUGUAAAGGUCCUUGGCAUCAUCAUUAUAUGUUUUCUGCUGGCUGUGUCGUUACAUGGCGCUGAUCUCUGUGUAAUUAAUGUCUAAUCUAUGUAGGCCAUAGUGAAAAUGCAACCAUUUUGCAGUUUUUUCAAGACACAUUGGAGCUCACUAUUGUUAGCAUGUGUAUAUAUUCUUUAAAAUUGAGACAAUGCGGGGGUAAAAGUCAAUUAACAAUAAGAUUUAGAAUAUUUUGUUUUAGUUUGAAUUUAUUAAUACAUAAAGACAUUUGUCAUUUGGACUUAGACUUCCUUUUUAUUGUCAUUCAAAUUUGAACUUUACAGUUCAGAUGAGAACGAAAUUUUGUUGCAUUAGCUCAUGGUAGUGCAGGAUAAAAAAAGGUGCAGAUAUAAAUAAAUAGAUUACUAUUAACUGAUUAUUAUUCAUUAUUCAAACCCACAUUAUACAACGAAGAGAAAAUAACAGAAUAGUCAAUAUUUUUUUAUUUAUUAAUUUAUUUUGUAUUUAUUUAUUGACUAAACCCGCUUUGUACCAUUGAAAAUAGGUGUGCUCUGCCCGAGAAAAAAAUAAAAAUACAUUUAACUGUAACAUUUGAUUUGGAUUGAUUAUUUAUUUAUUGAUUAAACCAGGGGUCACCAAUGCGGUGCCCGCGGGCACCAGGUAGCCCAUAAGGACCAGGUGAGUAACCCGUUGGCCUGUUCUAAAAAUAGCUCAAAUAGCAGCACUUACCAGUGAGCUACCUCUAUUUUUUAAAUUUUAUUUAUUUACUAACAAGCUGGUCUCGUUUUGCUCGACAUUUUUGAUUCUAAGAGAGACAAAACUCAAAUAGAAUUUGAAAAUCUAAGAAAAUAUUUUAAAGACUUGGUCUUCACUUGUUUAAAUAAAUUCAUUUCUUUUUUUACUUUGCUUCUUAUAACUUUCAGAAAGACAAUUUUAGAGAAAAAACACAACCUUAAAAAUGAUUUUAGGAUUUUUAAACACAUAUACCCUUUUACCUUUUAAAUUCCUUCCUCUUCUUUCCUGACAAUUUAAAAUUUAAAGCCCACCAGGCUGCACCAAACUUUUGGUUCCUUGUUGACACAGAAAAGUACAGUGGUGUAUGCGCAGCAGCAAUGAAAGUUAAAAGCCUGUUUGGAUCAACUUAUCUUUGUGAAUCUGCCUUUUCUGACAUGAACUUCAACAAGAACAAAGACAGAACACGCCUCACUGAUGCACAUCUGCAAGACUCAGUCAGAGUUGCAGUGUCAAGUUACACACCAGAGUACAACACACGAGUUAACAGCAUGCAAUGCCAGGCUUCCCACUAACUGACAAAGAAACAGAUAACAGAUUUGGUGUCCAUUUCAAAGUGUGACAUGAUUUGUUUGAAAAUUUGAGAGUUGACAUUUGUAUUUUACAUGAGUUAUUAUUCGUACAAACAUGGUGCAAAGUAAUUCAUGAUUUGUUAAACAAUGUUAGUGGAUAGCUAGUUAAAAUGGGAUAUUGUGAUUUCACAAGACUGUCUUAGAAGUGAUCAUUUGAAAAUGUUCAAUUUGAAAAAUGUGCACUUAGAGAAAAUAUAAAAAUAAAGUGUUGCACAUUGAUAUUUAUCUGUUUCUAUAUACAUUUAUUGUGAGGAAUCAUUAAGAUGAGCAGUGUUUCCACAAAGAUAAAUAUAAUUAAUUAUUAAUAAUAAAAUAUAUUUAAAGGUAAAUUGAGCAAAUUGGUUAUUUCUGGCAAUUUAUUUAAGUGUGUAUCAAACUGGUAGCCCUUUGCCUUAAUCAGUACCCAAGAAGUAUAGCUAUUGGUUUCAAAAAGGUUGGUGACCCCUGGAUUAAACCCAAAAAAUUAGCUUGGGAGUAUUUAUUAAAAAAAAAAUUAAAAACAGUCAGUAAAGCCACAAGGGUUCAGUUUUAACUCUCAUGAAUUAACUGACUUUUUAAUAUUUAUUUAGUGAUUAACCUUUUACUUAUUAAUUUUUUUCAAUUAUAGAUUUUUUUUUUUUUUUUUACCUGAAUAAACCGAAUUUGAACCAAUGACAGCACAGUAUGUGAAAAAACCUCCAAAAUACUCAAAUCCUCAACCAGAUUUUAAUAUUUUGUCAUCGUUUAAGAUGUAUUACUCCUGAAGGAAGCACAGUGGAACAGGGGUUAUUAGUGUGUGUGCCUCACUAUGCAAAGGUCCUUGGUUCGAUCCCCAGGCUCAGGAUUUUUCUGUGUGGAGUUUUCAUGUCCUCCCGUGACUUCGGAUGUUCCGGCUUCCUCCCACCUCCAAAAACGUGCACCUGGGGAUAGGUUGAUUGGCAACACUAAAUUGGCCUUAGUGUGUGAAUGUGAGUGUGAAUAAUGUCUGUUUAUUUGUGUUGGCCCUACGAUGAGGUGGCGACUUGUCCAGGGUGUACGCCGCCUUCCCCCCGAAUGCAGCUGGGAUAGGCUCCAGCAUCCCCCGCAACCCUGAGGGGGACAAGCGGUAGAAAAUGGAUGGAUGGAUGAGUAUUACUCCUGAAUUGAUUAAGUUAUUGUAAUUUGUUUAUUGGUGAAACCUACCUCUCACCACUGAGAGUAAACCUUAUAUAUGUUAUUUAUUUAUUGGGCAUUUGUGUGCUUUUUCCGAUUUAUUGUUUGGAUAUGUAUGUAUGUAGUAAAACCUCCAAAUCAUCAAUUCAACAAUAAUAUGUACAGUGGUACUUCAACUUAAAUGCUUUAAGAUAAGAACUAAUUAUGCUUUAUAUUACCAGCAAAAAUUUGACUUACAUUCCAUUAGUUGGCGUAGAGAAUGUUACAGCGAACCCCGUAAGAUCCACCCAAAACACCUGGUCUCACUCGUUGGACGUGAUUUUGUUUUUUCUGAGAAUGGGAAGGAAGAAAGUGAAUGUGAAGGAGAAUGCUGAGAAUAAGAAGUGGAUGUUAUUCAUUGAUUUAAAGAAAGAAAUCAUCCAAAACACGACCGAGCGUGUCGCUUAUUAACUUGGAGAAGCAGUUGGAGCGGAUCACUGCUGGUAUGCACCGUGAGUCUAAAGCCGGCCAAGAGUGUUAAAAUAAUAUCUAAACAUCAGAUGUUUUAUCCACGAUAUUAGGGAAAAAAGCUGCGGAUGGUGUGUUUGACUGACACACACCUGUAAGAAGAUAGCGUAGCAGUCCAUUCUCCAAGGUAAAUACUGUACAUUAUUUUUGCAUUGUAUCAUCAAAAAUACUGUUUGUAGUACAUGCUACCUAGUGUGUCCGCCCUGAGAUCGGUAGGUCGUGAGUUCAAACCCCGGCCGAGUCAUACCAACGACUAUAAAAAUGGGAUCCAAUACCUCCCUGCUUGACACUCAGCAUCAAGGGUUGGGAUUGGGGGCUAAGUCACCAAAAAAUUAUUCCUGGGCGCGGCCACCGCUGCUGCUCACUGCUCCCUUCACUUCCCAGGGGUUCAUCAAGGGUGAUGGGUCAAAUGCAGAGAAUAAUUUCGCCACACCUAGUGUGUGGGUACUUUAACUUUUUAACAUUAUUAUUGUAGUGUUGUUUUAGUUUUUAUUUGAAAAAAAAUAUGAUUCAUGGUAAAAUGGUGAUGGUUUUUUUUGGGGGGGGGCAUGCACUUAAAUUAUUUUUUUUUAACGAGUGCUCUGCGUAAAAAGCUCCAUCACAGAACCAGUUAAGCUCGUAUGUUGAGGCACUCCUGUAACUGUUAUUUUAAAAAAAAAUGUAUGUCGAAUCGAAUAACUUACUUUUUGUUAUUAUUUAUUGAUUAAAUCCACUUUGCAGUAUUGAGAGUAUGCAGUAAAACCUGUAAAAAUCAAUAAAUGUCAUAUAUAUAUAUAUAUAUUUUUUUUUUAAACAUUUUCUUUAUUAAACAGGCCUUCAUCAUUGAGAGACGGUGUGAUAAACCCUUAACAUGAUUUCUCUCAAAAAAAAAAAAAAAAAGUCAAAUAAAAAAAUCGAACAGUGUUGCUGCAAAGGUUUGUAGAGGGAAAAGUCUCUCGAUAUGAAUUUAUGGUGGGUGCUGAGUCGUGAUGUUUAAAAAUACUGCUCACAAGAGUCCAUCCAGCAUCUGUUUAUCCUCUCAGCGCUCACCCCCCCACCCCCCCACCCCCUUGUACAGUUGGUCUGUAUGUACUGCCGUGCAUGAGUCACCCUCAGUCUUUUCUCCUAACGCACACCUUGGAGGUGGACUUUCUUUCAAGUCAGAGGACGGUUCAAAAAUCAGGGGUAGAGAUUUUUUUUUUGCGUUUUUUUUUUUUUUUUUCUGCAGCUCUUCUUCAACUUUUGCAAAAUAUUGUCGAAACCUACACUAAGGUGCAGUUUUCUGCGUGGAUAGUUUCCCCGAGAUGCAAAAAGAACUGGACCGGGCAUGGCGUGAAGGGGAAUACGUGAUUUAAUACAUAAAACAGAAGACACUAGCUUUGGCGUAAAUAAACAAAACCUUACUUGCGGUGAUGUGAGCAGGGCAGCAUGGACUAUGAAAUUGCAAGAAAGAGUAAUAACGGCAUGAAGCGGAGUGGGAGUGAGCAUGAACGGAGUGAUGACGGCAGAACGACCAACACAAAAUGACAGACUUAAAUAGUCUCUGUGAUUAAAAACAGGUGUGGAUUAUGUUUUUGUUUUUUUCUGUUAGUUUUAAGACCCCAUUAGUUCUUGUUUUCGUGCACCCUUGUUAGUAGUUUCACCUGCCUCUGGUGUUCGGGACACGCACUUGCUCUAAUCAAGAGACCAUUAUUUAAGCCUGUCUUUGCCAGUGAGUGGUCCUGGCGUUAUUGCCUGUUUUCACGCGAUACCCAUAGUUCAUGUUGUUUGCUUCAUGCCGUGUCCAAGUAAGUUUUGUUUGUUCCAAGCCAUAGUUUAUACUGUUUGUUUCAUGCCACAGGUUUUGUGUUUGUUCCACGCCAUAGUUUAUGUUUGUUUACCUCAUGCCCAGGCAAGAUUUCCUGAGUUAGAUUAAUAAAUAUGUUCCUACCUGCUACCCUGGUCCGCAAAAAUCUGUUUGCAUCCCGGGAGAACAAACCUCGCCACAAAAUUGUAAGUAUUGAAUUUACUGUACGGCAAAGGCUCAUGACAACACUUUCUUAAAUACUUCUUUUUUAAAACACAAAUAUAGCAGUGAUGUGCAUGCAUUUUUUUUCAACACCCCUUGAUGCACAGUUUGUUAUUGCACGCAUGACUUCAAAGACAACAUCUCCAAAUUGAUUUAUUUUUUUUGCACUACAGUUUCUGAUGGCAGUCAAGGGUGAAAGAGCAUUGACUUUAAUAUUGUUGUUGUGAGAACCUAAUUGUCUUCCCUGGUUAAAGUUGUUGUCAUUGUUUUUUUUUUCUUCUGGUGUAAGAAAACAAGAAAAAAAAAAUCCAACAAAAAGAUGAUUUGCUGUUGUAAAACUGAAAGUGGCCAGUAAAAUAAAGCCUCAACGCCA